GUAAAUCGCUGUCCCUAAAAUCCCCCAUUACACUUUAAAAAAAUACUAAACCCUGUCUGCCCCUCUCUCUCUCUGCAGAAGCUACAGCAUAUAGAUACAGCUAAUCUGUACGCAUCGCCUCCGUUACAUUUUUCUGCGCAUAUUUCCUCUGCUCCAUUGGAAAUAGUAAAAAAUGUCGAUUGAGGUGGGAGAAGGGAGCGGAGAAGUUGAAGAUGAGUUGAUUGAUCUGAACAAGGAACCACCGGUUGAGAGGAAAAGAAAAAGGGCUGAGAAGAGUAAUACGAAUCAUAAGGGGAAUGAGGGGGCUGAUGGUCUGCCUAAAACUGGUAGGGUUUUGAGGUCAAGAACGGUUGCCAUGAGUGAUGGUGAAAAACAAGUGAUUAAGAUGGAAAUAGUGAAUAUGGACGACAAGGACGAACCGCAAGUGCCGGUGAUGGAGUCUGUGGGUAAAAAAAAGGCGACUGUUUCAAAGAAAAAGGGUAAAAAGAAGGGUAGGCGGGGUAGACCUCCCAAAACAGAAAUUAAAUGUGAGGUUUCCUUGUCGAGUAAUCAGAAGAAGAGGCGGGGGAGGCCCCCCAAAGAGAAAGUUAUAAAUGGUGUUUCGCCUUCAGGUAAUAUGAAGAGUUCAGGUAAUAUGAAGAGGGCUAGGCGCGGGAGGCCUCGGAAAGUAGAUAGUGAAUGUGUGGCUUUCUCAUUGGAUAAGAAACAUUUGCAACAGAAGAAGGUUGAUACUAGAAGUAAUGGGGGUGGUAGAGGUCGAGGAAGGCCAAGUAUUGCGCAAAAGGGGGAAAGGUCGCUAAAGGCAGCGAAUGAGGAUGUAGGGUUGGCAAUCAAGAAUAAAAAUGUCAAGAGAGGUAGAGAACGUAACGGAUCUGGAGAUAGGGUUCAGUCAAAGAGAAUAAAGGUUGGCACAAGUGAUUUGACGGAUGGUGUUGUGCAGCAGAAAAAGAACAAACAGGCAAAAAAACACGCUGAAGGUAAGGAAAUGGGUUUAAGGGAACGGAAGCAAUUAAUUAGGGAUCAAAUAGUUGCUAUGCUUAAGAAGGCUGGAUGGUCUGUUGAAUACAGGCAGAGACUAACCAAAGAGUACCAGGAUGCUGUCUAUGUUGACCGGGAUGGAAGAACUCACUGGUCGGUGACAUUGGCUUAUAGGAAGCUUAAGGAGAAGAUUGAUAAGGGAGACGCGGAUGAUAAUGAUGUUUUAGCAUUUACUCCUAUCCCAGAGGAGACACUUAGGAUGCUGUUCAGAGUCACCGAGCAAGGCAAAAAGAAAGGUAAAAAGAAGAAUGCCACAGGAAGGACUAUCAAAAGAGCUACUAAGAAGGAGUCAUCAUCUAAAAGUAGAUCAUCAGAUGGGAAGGUUAAAUCAAGACGGACUUUGUUGGCUCGUAAACCUAGGAAUGGAUCUGAUUAUGAGUUAUAUGAAGGAAAACGCACUUUGCUUGCGUGGAUGAUUGAUUUGGGAACUGUACCUCUUGGUGGAAAGGUGGAGUAUAAGAGAGGAAGGAGUAAACGGAUGCUACUUGAGGGGAAGAUCACGAAGGACGGAAUCUGUUGUGAUUGCUGUAAUAUAACUCAUACAAUACAGGGCUUUGAGUCUCAUGCUGAAAAGACACCUGGAAAAUCAUUUCGGAAUAUAUAUUUGGAUUCAGGGAAUUCUCUGCUCCAGUGCUUAGUAGAUUCCUGGGAAAAACAUGUGGAAACUGAUAAGAUUGAAUUUGUUUGUGUGGAUGUGGAAGGGGAUGAUCCAAAUGAUGACACGUGUAAUGUGUGUGGCGACGGUGGUGACUUGAUCUGUUGCGAUGGUUGUCCAUCGACUUUCCAUAACAGCUGUUUGCGUAUUGAAAUUCCUUCUGGAGAUUGGUACUGUGUUUUCUGUUCAUGCAAGUUUUGUGGGACUGCAUGUGAAAGUACCUCAACCAGUGACGAUGAACACAAUUUAUCGUCUGAAUUGUUGGCAUGCCGUCUAUGCGAGGAAAAAUUUCACUUGCAUUGCACCAACGAGACAAUAGCUGAAGAUUUUCAUGAUGAAAAUAAUUCCUUUUGUGGGAAACAAUGCUUAAUGAUCAUGGAUCGGUUACAGGAUCUUCUUGGUGUUAGACAUGAAAUGGGAGAAGAAUUUUCCUAUACCAUUCUUCAGCAUCGUGUUAUUAGUGAUGACACAUCGCUUUUUGGUAAUUCCUUAAAGAUAGAAAGCAAUUCCAAGUUGGCUGUUGCUUUCUCUGUUAUGGAUGAAUGUUUUGAGCCUAUCAUAGAUGAGCGAAGUGGAACCAAUAUGAUUCAUAAUGUUGUCUACAGCUGCGGGUCCAAUAUUAGACGGUUGAAUUAUGAUGGAUUUUAUACAAUCGUUCUAGAGAAGGGUGAUGAUCUUGUCUCGGCAGCAUCAAUAAGAAUCCAUGGGAAACAGUUAGCAGAGAUGCCUUUUGUUGGAACUCGAUUCAUGUAUCGGCGUCAAGGGAUGUGCGGCCGGCUUUUAACUGCAGUUGAAACGAUUCUUUCCACUCUUGGUGUCGAGAAACUGGUAAUACCCGCCAUAUCUGAACUUAACGAGACAUGGACGAAAGUAUUUGGCUUUCUUCCCCUUGAAGAUUCAAAGAGGCAAGAAAUGAAGUAUAUGAGCAUGAUCGUGUUCCCAGGGGUAGACAUGUUGCAGAAACCAAUAUCAGGCCAAAACGAGUCUGCAGCGACUGGAUGCAUUGAAAUCAGACCUGAGCAUCAUGACAUCCAGGAAGACACUGUAUCUGGUUCAGAUGAUCAUGCUGAAGCUGCAGCUCAAGAGAAGCAAGGCAAGAACAAUGGAUGCCGAGCUGCAUCAAACGUAGAUGGCGGAGAUGAUGUUGUUGAUGGCGAACCUUCUCAAAAUGGGGUUUGUCUCGACAACACCGAUGCACCCAAAGAGGAGAGCCUUCCUCCCAAAGCCGAUACAGGUAUUGACUGCAACGUCGAAGCACCGGAGUCGGUUGAGGAAUCCAAUGCCUGUGGUGGUGGUGGUGGUGGUGGUGAGGGGGUUUUAUCAAAUGGGAAUGACUGUAAAUUGUAGUGGCAUGGUGUUAUGAGGGGAAAGUGAAGCUGGAGCUUACUUUUUUGCAAUUCCCUUGAUUAAUAUAACCCUGAGUAAAUAGGGGUUGAUUUUUCUCGACAUUUUGGAUGAGAUGUCUAGAUUAACUUGUAUAGAAUAUUAAAUAUCUCCUUUUUUGAAUGUAUAUCUUUUUGAGGAA